GAGAUCCUCUUUGGUAGAGGACGGCCGUCGCGAGAUGAGGAGUUGAUUGGGCGAGCCUGUCGCGCGGCGGCCUGGCCGGAGAGGAGUUGCCAGUGGCGCGUGUGUUAAAAUGACAAAGAAAAGGAAAUAUCAAGAAGAUUUUCAUAAAGUCAAGCUAAAAGUUGGAAAAAAGAAGCCUAGACUGGAAAAUGCAACUGACACAAACUUCAAAACAAGGUCUAUACACCUUCCCGAGCAGCUUAGAGAGGAUGGAAUACUUCCAACAAACAACAGAAAGCUUAACAUAAAGGAUCUGCUUUCACAAAUGAACCACUACAAUGCUGGAGUCAAGCAGAGUGCACUUUCUGGGCUCAAGGAUCUGCUGUCCCGGUAUCCAUUCGUAAUUGAUGCACACCUUUCAAACCUCCUGAGUGAAAUAGCAGCUGUGUUUACAGACAAAGAUUCUGCUGUCCGAGCAGCAGCCAUCUCCCUCCUCCAAUUUUUGGCUCCAAAAAUAAGAGCGGAGCACAUUUUGCCAUUUUUCCCUUUACUGAGUGCCCACCUCUCCAGUGCCAUGACUCACAUCAAUGAAGGAAUUCAAGAGGAUUCGUUGAAGGUACUAGACAUUUUAUUGAUGGAGUAUCCUACUUUGCUGGUGGAUCGCAGUAGUGUGUUACUCAAUAACUUUGUGGAGCUUAUUUCUCAUCAGCAACUAUCAAAACAAUUAAAAAAUAAAGAGAAAAUGUGUUGGAUGCUAUCUGUUAAUCCUAAUCGCAGAACAACUUCCCAACAGUGGAGAUUGAAUGUCUUGGUUAGGCUCCGGAAGUACCUCCAAGUGCUGGCAGAUGGGCCUCGUGAGUUGGAAACUGACAUUGACGGGCUACCUGAGCAAAAUGGCAGUCCCCAAGUACAGAAAAAUGCCUUGUACGUGAAUUGGCAGGAACAUGCUAGUGGUCAAGAGCACAUCCAGAUGUAUGAAAAUGGUGGUUUGCAUCGCAAAACUAAUUCUUCAUUCAGGUUGAGCUCUUUGAUAACUAUGACAGGCAAUAUUGAAAAUGGCCUGUCAUCCACUGACAACUUAAAAAGAUUUAUUCAGGUAAUAAUUCCUUUGCUUCUUGAUUGUUGGAUUGAAGCGUCUCCUCCACAACUUACGCCUCCCAUUCUUGGAAAUCUUCGGGAACCAGGAUCUCAGCAGCUUAUGGAACAAGUUGUACAUAUCAUAUACUUGUUGUGGAAACUUGCAAAGCAAAUUGAAGAUGCAAAUGAAAUGGAAGCAUGGCUUCGAGCAAAUUACCUGACUGAUUUUCAACUUCAUUUCAUGUCUCACUUUCCUUAUUCUUUCCAAGAAACAAUCAAACACAAAAAGAGAGAGACUUUGAAAAGCCCCAAGAGCCAUAUUGCACCUUCAAACAAUAUUGACCAUCUUUUGUUGAACUUAACGUUAUGUGAAAUCAUGGUUUCACUGGCAACUGCUUCAACACUACAAAUGGAUUCUAGUUGGGUUAAUAUGAUUAAGAAGUUUGUGAUAGAGACCCUUCAGGAUGGCUCUAAGUUAAGCAGUAAGCAGUUGGUCAAAUUACUUAGUGUGGCUUGGAGACUUUUACAGAUACACAUAAACAAAGUGUCAUCAGAAACUUUAAUGAAAGCAGUAUAUACACUUUACCAGCAACGAAACCUUCUGCUUCCUGUACGUGCAUUGCUUUUGAAAUUUUUUAACAGAGCUUAUCAAAAUGAAGAGUUGAAUCUUUAUACAAACAGAAGCAGGAGCAAAGUUUUAACUCGCUGGCUGGCUGGUCUACCUCAGCAGCUUGUUCUGCUUGGCUUGAGAAAUCCUGAGCUUUCGGACCAGCUGAUUGUUACUAUUUAUUCUGCUGCUUCUCGAGCAAACAAUGAAAUCCUCCAGAGUUUACAAGCUGCAGCUCCUCGGAUUUAUGAUCCACUAGAUGGUGCUGUGGCUCUUUUGCCAGAAGAAUCGCAGAAGCGUUUAGUCCAGCUGGUUCACUUUUUGCCUCACUUACCAGGCAAUUUGCUUUCUUCUCUCUGUCGCUGCUGCAUUAUGGGAAAGCUGUCCAUAAAAUUAUCUACAACUCUCAUUUGGAUAUUGCAUAUGAGAUCUUCAUUUGUGGGUUGGAAAUAUCCAGUACAAGGCAGUUCAUUGGCUGACAUGGAUUAUUUCAGCUUCUUGUUUUCAACUCUUACAGGCUUUUCCAGAGAAGAGUUAACGAACCUUCAGAGUAUUAGGGGGAAACCACACAUAAGCCAAACACAGCUCUCCCCUGUCCACCUUUACCUGACUGAUCUGGAACAGUUCUCCUUUCACUGGGCGGUGACUGAGGUAGUGAGCCAGUGCCUCUCCACAAUAUCUUCACGAAGUCAAUGCAUAGAUAUUGUACAAAGUGGCAUUUGUAAAUACCUGGCAGGAUUAACUGUAAUACCUGACAGCACUGCUGGAUCUGUUUUGUGUGCCAUUAGUAAGCUCAUGGAUCAAGGGUGCCUCCUGAAUGAAAACCUCUUCAAGUUCCUAACUUCUUUGUGUUACAGUCUCCUUUUUCUCCUCUUAACAAUAGAGCGAGAAGAUUCAGAACAUUUACAGAAGAGGGAUGUGCUGUGGGGGGCCUGCAUUUCAUUGCUUACUACCUUGCCUCGGAUUUUGAGGCUGAUGCUUCUGAGCCUUCACGUGAACAGAAUCUGUCGAGAAGAAUUGCCUGUUGUGGCUCAGCUCCUGCGUUUACUAAUGCAACACGGGCAGCUUCGGAGUCAUAUGGUGGCCAAUGAACCUCUGGUGAAGCAGAUUGUCAGAGAUAUGAUGGCGCUGAAGAGUGGUGAAACCCAAGAGCAGUGGCUAACAGAUCUCCAUUACUAUUUCAACAUAUACUUAGCCACGCAUCCCUUGGGAUGUGGGGCAGCUAACUCAGUCUAUUAAGGAGAACAGCUGCCUUUAGUUGAAAUCUUUUGUGUUCAUUUUGGUAUGAAUCCAAAAUCAUAAUUUUAUGUGGAAAUUAAAAUACGUUUUGUAAAA